CACAAUGUCACAGCUAUGGUGGGUGCUGGAGUGCUAGGCUUGCCAUAUGCUAUAUCCCAGCUUGGAUGGAUUCCAGGGGUUAUAGCGAUCGUAUUGUCAUGGAUUGUGACAUUUUAUUCAUUGUGGCAACUAGUUCAAAUGCAUGAAUUGGUUGCUGGGAAGAGAUUUGAUCGAUACUUUGAGCUAGGAGAGCAUGUUUAUGGGCCCAAACUCGGAUUCUGGAUGGUAAUGCCACAGCAGCUGACGGUUCAGGUGGCUUCAACCAUUGUGUAUUGUGUCACCGGUGGCAAGUCAUUGAAGAAGUUCUUUUCUAUGAUUAGUCCAAACAUGAGUGGAAUUAGACAGACAUAUUUUAUUCUCAUCUUUAUAGGCUUGCAGUUAGUGCUUUCACAAACUCCUAAUUUCAAUACUUUGAAAGGAGUUUCUUUGCUGGCUGCAGUGAUGUCUGUCUGUUACUCGAUGGUGGCGUUUGGCACGUCAAUGGUGCACGGGGUUCAUCAUCAUCCAUCUCAUUAUGGACUUCAUUCUCAUACCGUUGCUGGGAAAAUUUUUGAUACGUUCAAUGCGCUUGGAACCAUAGCAUUUGCAUUUGCAGGACAUAGCGUGGUUUUAGAGAUUCAAGCUACAUUACCCUCAACCGAAGAAAAACCUUCCAAAAAACCAAUGUGGCGAGGUGUGAUUGUUGCAUACACCGUAGUUAUUGCUUGCUAUCUUUCAGUUGCAAUAUCUGGGUUUUGGGCAUUUGGAAAUUCUGUUGAAGAUGAUGUCCUUGUCUCACUUGAACGUCCAAGUUGGCUUAUUGCUAUUGCUAAUCUCAUGGUAUUCAUUCAUGUCAUUGGAAGCUUUCAGGUUUUUGCUAUGCCUGUUUUUGAUAUGAUUGAGUCAUCUUUGGUGCAAAAAUGGAAUUUUAGUCCCUCAACGAUUCUUCGCAUCGUUUCUCGAAGCCUAUAUGUGGCUGUGGUUGGAUUUGUUGCUAUAUGUAUUCCAUUUUUCGGAGGAUUGUUAGGCUUCUUUGGAGGACUGGCAUUCGCAUCAACAUCGUAUAUUAUACCUUGUAUAUUAUGGCUUGGGGCGAAAAAACCAAAACGAUGGAGCUUCCAUUGGAUUGCAUCAAUGGUUUGCACGGUUGUUGGCAUUUUAAUAGCAACCCUUGCACCUAUUGGAGGAAUACGAACAAUUAUUCUUUCUGCAAAGACUUACAAGAUGUUUUCCUGA